AUGAGCGGUACUGCUGAGGAAUCCGAUAAAGCAGAGGCUGUUUCUGUACCUGAAACAGUUUCUGGGUCAGUUGAGAGUCAAGAUAAGGAGCAUAACUCUACUUCAUCUUCGUCUGAUUCUACAGAUGUGGUUGGAGGCAAGAAAAGAACUAUCGAUGAAGUUGAUGGGAGUUCUGAAAACAACUCUGCAUCUGUCGAUCAGUUAAAGGACGCUCCUACUGAUUCUAAACCAAAGACAGAGGCUACUGAAGAUAGUCCAAUUAGGGGAAAUCAAGGGAACAAUCAAGAAAACAGUCAAGAAAACAAAGACGAUGAAGAUGAUGAAGAUGACAAUGACGACGAUGACAAUGACGAUGACGAUGACGAAGAUGAAGAUGUCGAAUCAUAUAGGAAGAAGCAACGUCGUGAAAGAAACAGAUUCUUGGAUAUUGAAGCCGAAGUCAGUGAAGACGAAGACGACGAAGAAGAUGAAGAAGAUUCAGAACUAGUUCGUGAAGGUUUCAUUACUCGCGGUGACGAAGAAGACGAAGAGGAUCGUGGUGGUAGAGUUGAUGACAGACUGCAUAGAGAAUUAGAUCAAAAUCUUCAAAAAACUGCGGAUGAAGACAUGCACAAGAUCGCUGAAGACUUCAAGAAACGUUAUGGUCGUGACUCUUCCAAAGAUUACCGUGUACAAACUCAAGGUGGGUAUGUACCUCAGAGGUUUAUGUUACCAAGUGUUGAUACUGCUAUUAUUUGGUCCGUUCGUUGUAGACCAGGGAAGGAGAAAGAACUAGUGAGAAAGUUGCUAAAUAAGAAGUUUAACUUGGAUAAAUCUAUGGGCUCUAAAAAAUUAAAGAUUCUGUCCAUCUUCCAAAGAGACAAUUACACAGGAAGAAUCUAUAUCGAAGCUCCAAAACAAUCUGUUAUCGAAAAAUUUGUCAACGGUGUUCCAGAUGUCUAUUCUAAUCAAAAGCUUUUGAUUCCCGUGCAAGAACUACCUUUACUAUUAAAGCCUACCAAGUCAGAUGAAGUGAGACUUGAUGUUGGUUCUUAUGUUAGAAUUAAAAGGGGUAUUUAUAAGAAUGAUUUGGCAGUCAUUGAUCAAAUUAGUCAGAACAACUUAGAAGCUCUAUUAAAGAUUGUACCCAGAUUAGACUACGGUAAAAAUGACGAAAUCGACCCAGAUACAAAUCAGAGAAAGGCAAAGAGAGCAACGUUUGCUAGUAGGCCUCCUCCUCAAUUAUUUAACCCUACUAUGGCAUUAAGGUUAGACCAAGCCAACUUAUUCAAAAGAGAUGACAGGCACUUCACUUACAGGAAGGAAGAUUAUGUUGACGGUUAUCUUUUCAAAUCUUUUAAGAUUCAGUAUCUUGAUACAAAGAAUAUCCAACCUACGGUGGAAGAAUUAUCAAGGUUCGGCAGUAAAGAAGGUGAUGUCGAUCUAGCAGCUAUUGCUCAAACUAUGAAAAAAGCUCAAGCUUCUAAAGCUAUGUUUCAACCAGGUGACCGUGUUGAAGUGUUGACCGGGGAACAACGUGGAUCUAGAGGUGUGGUGACUAGAAGUUCUAAAGACGUCAUCAGCGUUAAACUAUCGGGCUUUUCAGAUAAAUCAUUAGAGUUCCCAAUUGCAUCUCUAAGAAAAAUUUUCGAACUUGGUGACCAUGUCACAGUAAUAGCUGGUGAACAUGAAGGUAACGCUGGUUUGGUUCUUUUGGUGCAGAACGGUCAAGUCACAUUUGUUUCUGACCAAACUAGAGAAAAUUUGACAAUCUCUGCGAAUAACUUGAGUAAAUCUAUGGAUUCUACUCCGACAUCAAGCGAGUACGCUCUACAUGACAUUGUUGAGUUAAGUGCCAAAAACGUGGCAUGUGUGAUCCAGGCUGGACAUGAUAUUUUCAAGAUUAUUGACGACUCCGGUAAAGUGGCUACUGUUACUAAAGGCUCAAUUCUUGCCAAGAUCAAUGUAGCAAGAGCGAAAGUAGCUGCUGUCGAUGGUAAUGGUAGAGAAAUAAAAAUUGGCGAUGUAGUAAGAGAAAAGAUCGGUUCCCGUAGAGAGGGACAAGUACUCUACGUUCAAAACCAACAUAUUUUCAUUAGAUCGAAAACAAUAACGGAAAAUGCCGGUGUUUUCGUUGUUAAUCCAAUGAAUGUCGAGGCUGUCGCCUCAAAAGAAAACUUGAUGUCGUCAGCAUUGGAUUUAUCUAAAAUAAAUCCAAAUAUUGCGUCUAAGAUGGGACCACCACAAACUACUCAGCAGACGCGGUUAGUUGGCCGUGACGUCGCUUUGAACAAAACUGUUAGGAUACGUUCUGCGGGAUACAAGGGGCAGUUGGGUAUUGUCAAAGACGUCAAUGGAGAUAAGGCUACUAUUGAAUUGCACUCCAAAAAUAAGCAUAUUACAAUAGACAAAAGAAAACUUACUUACUUCAGUCAUGAAGGUGGUGAAGGUAUAACAUACGAUGAACUUGUUAGUAGACGUGGUAGAACUCCACAUACCAGAUUGGGCCCAAGCUAUGUCAGUGCACCAAGACACAUGGCUGCCGGUGGUGCGGUGGCAACGAACACUCCGCAACAACUUCCUGGUGGAAUGACUCCUGGUUGGAAUGCAUUUGAUGGCGGUAAAACUCCUGCGGUUGGCCAGAACGGAGGAACUUCAUCCUGGGGUGGUGCUUCGACAUGGGGCGGACAAGGCCCUGGUGGUGCUUCUGCCUGGGGUGGAGCUGCUGGAAACACUUCCACCUGGGGUGGGCAAGGUGCUACAUCAACUUGGGGUGGUGCGUCCACUUGGGGUAAUAAAUCUAGUUAUGGAGGCGCCUCUUCUUGGGCAGCAAGCGGAGAAUCAGGAGCAGCUUCUGCCUGGGGCGGUGGCAAUAAAUCAAGCUAUGGAGGUACUUCUACCUGGGGUGGUAACCAGGGAGGUGUCUCUGCCUGGGGUGGCAGUGGUAAUAAAUCACAACGAUCUAAAAACACCGGUGGAAGUUCCACUUGGGGUAACAAUCAAUCGCAGCAUAACUCAGGAGAGAGAUCCGCAUGGGGCAAUGCAUCCCAACACAACAAUAGCGGCAAUAGAUCUGCUUGGGGUAAUCAGGAUGCUAGAGGUGGUGGAAGUACGUGGGGUGGAAAUAAUUAG